UUGCGCCAAAUAAUCUAAACGGCUCUCGAAAUGGUUCAGGAAAAUCAAAGCAGCCCCAAUGAGUUGGUGGAUCAGAAUUUGUUCAGACAGUUCUUGGAUCGGGACUUCCCAGAGCUGAAGAACAUCAAGGAUUUCAAGCUGGAGUCUGUGGGCGGAAAGGGGGAGAAUUACACCACCUGCCUGUUAAGAGCCAAAUUCGAACUAGAACUUAACGAUGGAUCCCACCGGAGCGCUGCGUACAUGGCCAAAACAUUGCCCCUUACCAGACGGGAACAGGUUUCCUCCUGGAACGUAUUCGACAAAGAACACACCACCUACAGAGACUACGUUUCGGAUUUCGAGAAAAUGUAUAAGAACGCUGGAAAGGAUGUAACCUUUGCGCCAAAAUACUACCCAACAAACAACAAAUUGGAGGAAGAACUAUUGAUAUUGGAGGACUUGGGACAGCGAGGAUUCCGCAACGCGAACCGUCUGGCUGGAUUGGACUUGGUCCAUACGAAGGCCACUCUAGAGAAGUUGGCCCAAUUCCAUGCAGCUUCUGCUGUGAGGUUCGAACUUAAAGGCGCUUAUCCCGCUGCUUUUGAUCGAAAUAUCUGCAGUAAUACAGACGACUUUAAGGAGUUUCGAGAGAUCCAAUCAAAGUCUUUCGUCGAGGCGCUGCCUCUCUAUAAGUCUUCGCAUUUAAAGAGUGAUGUGGAAUCAUAUGCCAGUCAGGCGGAGGACAUGUUCCAGGCCUAUGCCCCCCGAAUUGAAGGAGAGUUCUCAGUUUUGAAUCAUGGGGAUGCGUGGUGCAAUAACUUUAUGUUCCAGUACGACGAGGCGGGUCAUCUGAAGGAAACCUACUUUGUGGACCUGCAAAUGUGUCGCUAUAGCUCACCUGCCCAGGACCUGCUCUACUUCAUAUUGUCCUCUACCGAUAUAGAAUUCAAGAUUGCCAAGUUCGACUACUUGGUGAAGUUUUAUCAUGAAAAGCUCACGGAGAAUCUGCAGCUUCUGAAGUAUCCCAAGCAACUGCCUUCCCUGCGAAGCCUUCACCAGUCGAUCUUUAACCAUGCAGAUUGGAUUUUCCCAAUAGUUUCUAUCUUACUUCCCAUUGUCCUGCUGGAGGGUAGUGACGAUUCCAAUAUGGACACGAUGAUGGACAACGAGGGAGCCGGAGACAAGUUCAGGAACAAUAUGUUCAAAAAUUCCCGCAUCAUAAGACAUCAGAAGGAGAUUCUACCGUGGGUCUUCAAUCGCGGAACAUUUGAAGUCCGCCGAUAGUUUAUAUUAUAUUAUAUUUAAACAAACUGUAGAGAUAAUGCUGUGCCAAAUAUACGAAACCCAUAGACAAUA